AGCUCCGCGAUCCCUGCUGACAUUAGUAACACCGCAUGAUCACGAACAGUAUUCAAAAAUACACAUGGUUCGACGGUUGUUUUGAUUUUAUUCUGGCUUCAGAAAUGAGUGUCUUCUUCUUCUAUAGGCGAUUCCCAAUUGCAAUUAUCAAAAGGCAUUUCUACAAUGAAACCAAAAAAUGGGAACCGUUAACAGCCGAAAUGAAGCACCAGAUUGAAAAUUAUUGGAGUGAUAAAAUCAAUAGAAAAAGUGAAUCUGCUGCAGUACCAUCAAAAAACAAAUAUUACAUCUUGUCAAUGUUUCCAUAUCCAUCGGGAAAACUCCACAUGGGCCAUGUAAGAGUUUACACCAUCAGUGACUCACUUGCCAGGUUUUACAGAAUGCAAGGAAAAGAAGUGAUCCACCCAAUGGGUUGGGAUGCCUUUGGUUUACCAGCUGAAAAUGCUGCCAUAUCACAGAACUUGUCUUCAGAAACAUGGACCAAGUCUAACAUAGAAUAUAUGAGAAAACAGCUGAUGAAGUUAGGAAUCAGCUUUGACUGGCAGAGGGAAAUAGCAACAUGCUCCCCUGACUAUUAUCGAUGGACCCAAUUUAUAUUCCUGAAACUCUACGAGGAAGGUUUUCUGUAUCAGAAAGAAGCACUAGUCAAUUGGGAUCCUGUUGAUCAAACAGUUUUAGCUGAAGAGCAAGUGGACGCCAACGGGUGUUCAUGGCGAUCGGGUGCUAAAGUGCAAAAGCUGCCGUUGAAACAAUGGUUCAUUAAAACAACUAAGCUCUCACAGUCACUGGUGGAAGGAUUGCAAGAAAUGACAGAAGAAAACUGGGGAGACAUUAUUAAAUUACAACGGCAUUGGAUUGGUGAAUGUGAAGGUUACAAUUUCGAUUUACCAUUAAAGGAAGUGGAUCAGACAAAUGUAACCAUCUGGACGCGAAAUCCUGAAUCCCUAAAAUCGGCAUUGUUUAUUGCAUUAAAAUCAAGUCAUAUUUUAGUUAAGCCAGAUUAUCGAAAUCCCUCUUCAACCAUUCUGAAAAUCAAUGCUGUAAAUCCACUCAACGGCCAAUUUGUUCCGUUGUAAUUGCCUGACGAUUUAGAUUAUCCCGAAGGAAGCGAAAGUUUGCUUGGCGAUCCACUGGUGGAUAAAAAAAUUUAUGAACUUGCAACUCAAUUGAAUCUCCAACUUUCAGCCAACGAGCAUGACCAGAGAACAGCGGAAGAGAUAUGCCAAAAAGCUCUCUCGGAAGACUGGGGUGGUUACAAAGCUAGCUCAAAGUUACGUGAUUGGCUCGUGUCUCGUCAACGGUACUGGGGAACUCCAAUACCGAUGAUUCACUGUAAAACUUGCGGCACUCAACCCGUCCCGGUUAAUCAGCUACCCGUAUUUUUACCGGCGUCGAAAGGAGAGGCAAAAGGGCAUUCUGCUUUACUUAAUAAUCCAGAUUUUUAUAACGUCAGUUGUCCAAAAUGUGGAGGAGAAGCCAAACGGGAGACGGAUACUAUGGACACGUUUGUUGACUCGACCUGGUACUUCCUACGUUAUCUGGAUCCUACAAAUUUAGAAGCACCCUUCGAUCCCAAAAGAGCUGCAGCAGCUAUGCCUGUUGACAUUUAUAUAGGAGGCAAAGAGCACGCCGUUUUGCAUCUUUAUUUUGCGAGAUUCAUGUCACACUUUUUCCAUCUCCUCGGAUGGUCGACGGAACGUGAGCCUUUCAAGCGACUGCUCGUGCAAGGCAUGGUGAUGGGACGAAGCUAUCGAGUCAAGGGAUGCGGCAAGUACUUGAAACCUGAAGAAGUCGAUUUUACUGGAGAAAAACCCGUUGAGAAGUCGACAAAGAAGCCCCUUGCAGUCAGUUGGGAGAAAAUGAGUAAAUCAAAGUUUAACGGAGUGGAACCUGAAUCCGUGUGGAACGAGCAUGGAAUUGAUACUAUGCGGCUUCUCAUCUUGGCUGACGUCAGUCCACGGUCUUCUAGACAUUGGUCCAAAGAUACUUUUCCGGGCAUUUUAAAUUGGCAGGAUCGGCUGUGGUCAAUAAUGAAAAGAUGGAUUGAGCAUCAGAAACAGGAAGAAACUGCAAUUUCUUCAUUCGAUAAAGCCUUACUAGAGAAACAGGAAAAUCUCUGGUAUGACGCCCGUAAUUUUCAUUUGAAGGGUGCGACUUUUAGUAUCCAUCAUAGUCAGCAAAUUUCGGUCGCUAUUUCAAAAAUGCAAGGAUUAACGAACAAUCUAAAGAAAGUCCCCAACAAUUUUAGCCUAAAAAAUAGUUUGCAAUACGAAAGAGCACUUGGGGUGCAGAUAAUUAUGUUGGCACCAUUGGCACCGCAUUUUGCCUCAGAAAUGUGGACUGCUUUCGUCGACAAUGCUCCCAGACUCUCAACUGAUUUUGAUUGGGCAAAAACAGUUUUAGAUCAAUCGUGGCCGCAAGUUGAUUAUGAUUACAAUCUUGACCUGGUCUGCUUCGUCAACAAUCAACAGGGCUGUACAAUCAAGCUUCCUCGUUCACAGCUUGAUACGUUGGACGAGGCAAGGGCCCUAAGGCUCCUCCAGCAAGACCACUUAUUCAUUAAAUACAAUAGUGCUCAAAAGAUCUUAAGCACGAAAUUUGACCAUUAUCCUGGAAUGGACGCCACACUAGCUGUUAUCACCGAACCAAAAAAAAAGCAAAAGGCAUGCUCGUAGAAUGGAAUGAAGAAACGAUAAAAGCUGCUACGUAACUAAACGAUGGCCGUCUAUCUAUUUCCCACUCUCGAGUCUGUUGAUAACAACGGCAGAUCAGGGUCUCUCCAUCAAUAGUCACAACUUGGACAGAUAAAGGCCUAUAUAUUCCUUGAUGAACACCUUCUUGACUGUAAUACACCUACUAAAUUUGUUGUUCAUUACUUAA